AUGCAGAGAAUGCUUCCUGCGACCGAGGCGGUCAAAAUCUACCAAACAAACUACGUGAGAAAUGCCAGAGCCAUUGGUGUCUUGUGGGCAAUUUUUACCAUCUGCUUUGCCAUCAUCACAAUGGUGGUGUUCAUUCAGCCCUACUGGAUAGGAGACAGUGUCAACACACCGCAGUCUGGCUACUUUGGGCUCUUCUACUACUGCAUAGGUAAUCCCAUCACCUCAGAGCUUGUCUGCAAAGGCAGUGUGCUCGACUUUAGCUCCAUUCCAUCUGGAGCAUUUAAGACUGCCAUGUUCUUUGUGGGAACUUCAAUGCUACUUAAUGUUGGCACCAUGGUCUCCUUCAGCCUCUUCUUCUUCUGCAGUGCAGCCGGGGUGUACAAGAUAUGUGCAUGGAUGCAGACAUCGUCAGCUGUGCUGUUGGUGAUGGGCUGUAUGAUUUACCCUGAUGGAUGGGACUCUCCUGAGGUAAAGCGUAUGUGUGGCGAGAGGACGAGUAAGUACACACUGGGGAACUGCACAGUGCGCUGGGCCUACAUUCUGGCCAUCAUCUGCAUCCUGGAUGCACUCAUGCUUGCACUUGUGGCCUUCACCCUGGGAAACAGACAGGACAACCUGCUGCCUGAUGAAUUUGAAGUGGAGACAGGGGAAGGUAAAACCAAUAGCUUUAACAAUUCUAGGUUAACAAUUAUUUUGAAAAAAUAG